AUGGACAAUAUUUAAUAAAGAGAAACUUUAGGCUUAUUUUUAAGAUUCACCAGUGUCUGUUAAAUUCGUUGUGGAAUCUUAAAUUCCAAAGAUGAUACACUUACUAAAGACAAUCAUCAAUGUUUGGGUAUAUUAUAAGUUAUAAUAUGAAUAGAGAAAUGUACAAAUCAUAUGGUAGAUUCUUUUAGAAGUAUACAAGAUGCAUAUAAAUGA